UUCUCUCUUCCUCCUCGCGAGAUGAUUAGCUGAAACACAGAGGAAGGGAGCGAGAGCGAGAGGGUUGUUUCCUCUUCCAUGGCCUCAGAUGGCGAGGGAAUCGGGGUUGCUGCGUCGUCGGACGACGGCGCCGCCUUCCACGAGGCCCGGUCGGGAGCCGAUCGGACGCCGGCUUCGCCUUCCGCUGGGGAGCCUGCGGCGAUGACAUCUGAGGACGGCGAGUCUGCUUGGGGAUGCGACCCGAUGGUGAAGAUCGAGCUCGAUGCUGCGCUCGUGCUUACAGAGUUUGCGCAGCUGGCGUUGAUGGCCCGCAGGGUACCCGAUUCCCGGCGGCGUGAGGGUGAGGGGAAAUGGGGCGGUCGAGGGAGACGGUCAAGGAAACAGCGGCCGAGGAGCACGGAAGCUCGGAGUUGCUCGUUUGAGGACUCCGAGAGGCGCGCAUCGUCAGGGGAUGCGCAGGAUCGUUUAUCAAACAAGCAAGAUCUUCAGCGUCAAAAGCCUUGGAAGCCUAUAGUAAAGAAAAACAUAAAGAUUGAACAGUAUGUCAAGGUUGAAGAGCAUGUUGAAUUCGCAAAUCAUCAAAACCUUUGUAAGAAGGUCACAGGACAGAAACCAGCAUCCAGAGGCAAGCCAAAGCAAUAUUUAAAUGAGGCUGAGAAGGAGGAAAGGAGGCUGCGGAGGAUUCAAGCAAAUAGGGAAUCAGCAAGGCAGACUAUCCGGCGUAGGCAGGCUUUCUGCGAGGAAUUAAUGAAGAAGGCUGCUGACCUGUCGUUGGAAAAUAAGAGCAUAAAGCAAGAAAUUGAAUCUGUGAUGCAGGAGUAUCUUUCGUUACUUGAUACUAACAAGCAUCUGAGAGAGCAGAUGGCGGAGAUAGAUAUAAAUAUUAGUCCAUCACAGGAUAUUAACGAAACUCCACUGGAAGAUGCCACCUGCAAGGCAGGACAUGUAAUGUCUUCAGCCAUUCAGUUCCCUCUUGUGGUUCACAGUGGAACAACAUUUUCACAGUUUGCAUGGCCUGUCUUCGUGCGGCCUUUAGAUCCUGCAACGCCACUGGUUGUUUGUAAUGAGCUAAACCCAUUGACAGCACACACUUCCAGUCUGCCAAAUGAAAGAUGGACUUUUGGAGGAUAUAGCAGAUUGAGGGCCCAACUGUUGGUCCUUCCUUGUCCAUCGACGAAUUCUGUUAAUAACAAAUUUUCUCAACCGUUACCUUCCACUUCCCUUAGCUCAAACAGCAGUAACGGUUGGCCAGACAGUUGCCCACAUGAGACAGAUUUAACAUUGAAGCUGGCAGGAGAUGUGGGACCAGAAGCUCUUCAUGGUGAACCAUCAGUUUGCAGUUCAACAGUGGAUACUACUAAGAUAGAAAACAAAGGUGAACUUACUGAGACUUCCAGUGGCACAACGAUCGAUGGAAGAAGUGGGAUAUCUAGGUUUUGCGUUAAAGAUCUGACCCUCAUGCAGAUCCUUGGAACGGACCAGCCCUCUACUCUCAUCCAUGAGCGUUUUCUUUUGGCAGAUUCAGAUUCAAGAACUCAUGUUUCUUCUAUGACCCCAUGCUUACUAUCUCGUCCAUCAGUAAGAGUUUCAGAUAAGGAUUUUCAUCACAAUAAGCGAUUCUCAGAUGCUGCUGCUGCAACAGAAGCUAGGAAAAGAAGGAAGCAGCUGACAAAACUUAAGCACCUCCAUGGAAAGCAGCUAAAGCUUCACUUUUGAGUCUAAAUGCAAUGUUUGGCAGGAUGACCCACUUAAUCUUCUUACUGAUUCUGACUGCGAGGUUUACUCUAUAAGGUCUGGUGCUACACGCAUAUCCUCAAGCAGCGGACCUCAUAAACCAUUUAUGUCAUACGAAAUCGGCAGCAUAAGGAAAGCGUAUUUUACUAGUAGUGUUGGAAGUGCUUCAAAAUUUUCUCCCAAGACUAGGAGUUUAGCUUUUUUCCUUUUUUGGAAUAUCAAAGUAAUGUAAUUAAAGUGUGGUGGUUUUGAUAUUGAUGUUAUAAGAACAAGAACCAGAUGCAUGACGGAGGCACUUGUGGUGCCGUUGUUUGACAUUAGCAGGCCUUUUUGUGUGAAAA